CUGGGCCCUGACCCCUGUCUCCCGCAGGAGAACGGUAAAGCGGCCUAUGUGGAGGCACUGCCAGGGCAGCUGCGCCCCUUUGAGACCCUGCUGUCCCAGAACCGCGCCGGCAAGGCCUUCAUCGUCGGAGAUCAGAUCUCUUUUGCAGACUAUAACCUGGUGGAGCUGGUGCGGAACCACCUGGUGCUGGCACCCGGCUGCCUGGCCUCCUGCCCUCUGCUGGCCGCUUAUGUGGAGCGGGUGAGUGCCCGGCCCCGCCUGCGCACCUACCUGGAGUCGGCCGCCCACCGCGACCGGCCCAUCAAUGGCAAUGGCAAGCAGUGACCCCCCUGGAUGGACGGAGGGGGCACUCCCGUGGCACAAUAAACAGCUCCCAGACCAGG